AUGAAGUCGGGUAUCAACCCGGAAUACCUUCACGAACUACCGAACGGGACAUGGGUCCACCGAGGAAUGUUCCAGUCUUUUGGCCCCGGGGCAAACUGCACACUCGAUCUCUGUCCCAUCGAAUGGACAAUCUACCAAUACCGUCCAAGUCUAACAGCCAACAUCACCUUUAUAGCCUUAUACGUCAUUGCCCUCAGCAUACACGUCUACUUGGGUGUUCGAUGGCGUAGCUGGUGGUUCAUGGCAUUCAUGGCCACUGGCUGCCUUUACGCCAUUAUAGGCUACGCCGGACGAGUCGUGCUCUGGAGGAAUCCUUGGUCGUUUGGAGGGUUCAUGCUUCAGAUGGUUUGUGUCACCGGUGGGCCUGUCUUUUACACAGCAGCCAUCUACGUGACACUAUCCAGAGCCAUCCAGUUCUUCGCUGCCGAAAUCUCGCGUCUCCCUGCUAAAAUGUUUUACUGGAUCUUCAUCUCAGCCGACAUCACUUGUCUUAUCCUCCAAGCAGCCGGAGGUGCACUCUCCUCGACGUCGAGGGGUGCUUCACAAACUGGCAUUGAUCUUGCAAUGGCUGGUCUCAUCCUACAAGUCAUCGUUCUCGUCAUCUUCUGCGGUUUCUUUGCCGACUACAUGAUCCGCUUCGCCCAGCUACAGAGAUCCCGAGGUUCUAAUCUCAAGGCGGCCAUCACCACUCGCCAGCAAAUAUUCUUCGGAGGACUUGCUGCAGCUAUCUUGCUGAUCCUAGUGCGCUGCAUCUAUCGUGUCGAUGAGCUGAGCCAGGGGUAUAGCAACUCAGACAAGAUCACCGAUGAAGGGCUUUUUAUCGGGCUGGAGGGCGUGAUGAUAUACGUUGCCGUGUGCUGUCUUUUCGUUGGUCACCCCGGCUUUGGCUUUCAGCAUGUUGACUUGAGUGGGAGAAGAAGGAUCAACCAAGAUGCUGAAGAGAUAUCGAUGAAGCACAAUGGUGGUCAGGCUGCAUCGAAGCAGUUGCUUUCGACGCCUGGUUAUUCGACACCCGCUUAUUCGGAUCGACCCCUGUCUUGA